CAGUUUUAUGCGAAAAAAAGCUUCGGAGGUGGGCUGCAACUGUGUACUCUCCCUCCUUCCCCCCUCUCUCUCUCUAAAUCUUUCCCACCGCCUAUAUAUAUACAUAUAUAUACAAUAUUUCAGUCCAAUCACAUUGACUCUCUCCCUCUCUCUCUCUCUCUCUCACCUUUUUCUACUUUUCUUGGUCCUGUCUCUCUUUUGCCUUUUUGCUUUCUAUCUUAAUUGAUUAACUCAUCCGCCAUUACUGUGAACAAACCAAGAAUUUGUUUGUUCACACUAAGCCCUGUUAAGUUAAUUUUGAUUUUGGUGAAUCCCUUUCGGGAAUUUGGGAGAAAGAGGGAAAGUUGGUGAAGAGAAGUGAGUUUAGUGAGAUGGCGGCUCCAAAACCAGAGGAAAUAAGUCAUCCUCCGAUGGACCAACUUCAGGGAUUAGAGUAUUGCAUUGACUCUAAUCCUUCUUGGGGGGAGGCAAUAGCGCUUGGAUUUCAACAUUAUAUUUUGGCACUGGGGACCGCGGUCAUGAUUCCUUCUUUUCUUGUUCCGUUGAUGGGCGGAACCGACGAUGAUAAGGUGAGAGUAGUUCAGACUUUGCUAUUUGUUGGAGGAAUAAACACAUUGCUGCAAACACUGUUCGGAACCAGAUUGCCUACUGUUAUUGGUGGAUCAUGGGCAUUCAUGGUGCCUAUAAUUUCAAUCAUCCAUGAUUCGUCCUUGCAGAGAAUUCCAGACCCUCAUAUGAGAUUUCUGAAUACAAUGAGAGCAAUACAAGGUGCAUUGAUAGUAGCAUCGAGCGUGCAGAUCAUUUUGGGCUACAGUCAGCUGUGGGCUAUAUGUUCCAGGUUUUUCAGUCCGCUCGGGAUGGUUCCUGUAAUUUCUCUUGUGGGUUUCGGUCUAUUCGAUCGAGGCUUCCCUGUGGUUGGGCGAUGUGUGGAAAUUGGCAUUCCGAUGUUCAUCUUAUUUGUUGCCUUCUCCCAGUACUUGAAGCACUUCCAAACAAAACAAAUCCCUGUAUUGGAACGAUUUGCUCUUCUCAUUUCAGUCACUGUUAUAUGGGCUUACGCACAUCUCCUCACUGCUAGCGGGGCUUACAAGCAUCACCCUGAAUUAACCCAAAGAAACUGUCGCACUGACAAAGCGAACCUCAUUUCUUCUGCACCUUGGAUCAAAAUCCCGUACCCACUUCAGUGGGGUGCACCGACAUUUGAUGCUGGCCAUGCGUUUGGAAUGAUGUCUGCUGUACUAGUCUCCUUGAUCGAGUCAACCGGAGCAUACAAGGCGGCAUCUCGUUUGGCAAGUGCCACACCACCUCCUGCUCAUGUUCUUAGCCGUGGAAUAGGCUGGCAGGGCAUCGGAAUCCUGUUGGACGGAAUGUUUGGUACAGCUACAGGAUCUACAGUUUCAGUGGAAAACAUUGGUCUGCUUGGAAGCACUCGUGUUGGCAGUCGGAGGGUAAUACAAAUUUCAGCUGGUUUCAUGAUCUUCUUCUCAAUUUUGGGUAAGUAUGGAGCAUUAUUUGCAUCAAUACCUUUCACAAUAUUUGCAGCUUUGUAUUGCGUUAUGUUCGGUCUUGUUGCUUCCGUGGGGCUGUCGUUUUUACAAUUCACAAACAUGAACUCAAUGAGGAACCUCUUCAUCACUGGCGUCUCCCUCUUCCUUGGUUUGUCCAUUCCUGAGUACUUCAGGGAAUAUACCGCUGCUGCUCUUCAUGGUCCUGCACACACCAAAGCUGGAUGGUUCAAUGAUUUCCUGAACACAAUAUUUCUGUCAUCGCCAACUGUUGCCUUAAUGGUGGCUGUAUUCCUGGAUAACACACUUGACUAUAAGGACAGUGCUAGAGACCGGGGAAUGCCGUGGUGGGCUAAGUUCAGAACAUUCAAAGGGGACAGCAGAAAUGAAGAGUUUUACACCCUCCCUUUCAAUCUCAACAGAUUCUUCCCUCCUUCAUGAUCUACAAGGACAAAACGAAGAGGAAAAGUCAAUUAGAUGUACGCGAAGAGGAUUGUAUUAAAUACUAAUACAAUCCUGAUUCGUAGAAGAAUGUUUGUAGAUUGACAGAUUCACCUCCUCUGUCAUUAUUUUUUCAUUUGUUUGAACUCAUCUGGUUUGGGUUAUUUAAGUUUAAUCCAAUAAAACUAAUUUAUCCA